UUGCGUCCGAGGAGCGUGCUUGCAACCGCAGGGGGCAUCGGGAUUGAUAGGGAUGUUUCCAUCAUGGCGGCAUCCAUUUCAGGUUAUACUUUUAGUUCUGUGUGUUAUCACAGCGCGAACAGCAACUCAGAUCAUGAGGGCUUCCUAUUAGGAGAUGUAAGGCAAGAAGAGACUGUGAGCAUCAGUGACACACAGAUCAGCAGUGCAGAAUUGCUCCAGGUAGUAGAAAUCCAUAACCAUGAUCCUUGUGCACAGUUAUUUAGCUUUUAUGACUACGCAGGCAAAGUCAAAGAAGAAAAUCUCAACAGCAUUCUUAAAGAUAGGCGGAAAAACGUCAUUGGUUGGUACCGGUUCCGGAGGAACACGCAGCAGCAGAUGUCGUUCAGGGAACAGAUCAUCCACAAACAGCUCACUCAGCUGCUUGGUGUGCCCGACCUCGUCUUCCUUCUUUUCAGCUUCAUCUCCACCGCCAACAGCUCCACGCACGCACUGGAGUAUGUACUCUUCAGACCUAACCGCAGUAGGUACAACCAGAGGAUCACCCUCACAAUCCCAAACCUUGGCAACACGAGCCAGCAGGAAUACAAAGUCUCCUCAGUGCCGAACACCUCACUCAACUACACCCAGGUCAUCAAAGAGCAUGGGGCGGAAUUCUUUGACAAAGAUGGUGUUAUGAAGGAUAUCCGAACAAUAUUCCAAGUCUACAGUGCACUUCAAGAUAAAGUGCAGGCUGUGUGUGGGGAGGUAGAACAAAGUGAACGCGUGAAGGAGAAAAUUCAAGAGGAUGUGAACAAACUCAAACAGCAAAUUGCUCUCAGGAAACGCAAGACGGCAGAAGAGGAGAGACGGCUCCGUGAGGCCCAAAAUGCAGACUCCCAUCCCACUCCAGAGGAGAACACAGAACCUUCUGAGACGUCCCCUCUUUCCAGGAUAACUUUCCACACACCCUCAGCUCCGGAGCGGCCCAGUACCUCACCUAACCCACCAUCGUAUUCUGACCUCUUGUCCCAGGAUGACUCUCUGCUCUCCUCUUCUUCCCCACCUACCAGUGCUGCUCUACUGCCCCGGCCCCAAGCUGUGGGCUCUCCAGGACACCCUACCCCCGGCCCACUGGGGAUGGGUCUGGGUCUCGGGCUGGGCCUGGGCCUCAGCGCCACCUCUACACCCGUCACAGCGUCCAGCACCCCGUACCUUGGCAACGGUGAUGGGUCGAGCUCUGACUCGUUAGACAGACAAGCUGCAGGGCAGGAAGACGAUGAUGACGAUGAGGACGACGACGACGAUGAGGAUGAGGACAGUAGCGAAUAUGAGAACUUAGUGAGUGAAGCCAGUCAUCUGCCAAGCGUUUUAACGCAAGGCCGACCAGCCGCCCUCAGUCCAGACGGGGACGCUCGUGGCUCACAGACCACAUAGAAACAUGUCACAAGGUGUGUACGGGACACGAUUAAGUGACGCACCUUGAGAGGUGGGCAUCUCAAGCAAUCAAAGAUAGACAAAUAUAGACAAAAGAAGUGCCAGUCCUGAAAGUGAAAGGCAUGCACAGGUGGUGUCCCGCUGUGAGUGUUUCUUGUCUUAGGCUGAUCUCCAUUUUAAGGGGAAACUAUGCUAGGCUUUGCAGGCUUAAUAGGUGUGUCUCACUGGGGGAAAAAGUCAUCCGUUUUCAGUUUUUGUUUUUGGAAUGGGGUCAGUCCGGGUACUUCAGUGUGGAUGUUUGGCUCCCUUAAAGACAGGCCCUGCUUCAUGCUUUCUGUAUGUUUUUCUUUCACAUCUGCAUCACCAUCUCUUGAGCACCCACUCUUGCAUUACCUCUUGCACUAUUUUUUGCCUUUUUUUUUUUAAACAAACCAUGAAAGAAAAGCAAAGGGAGAAUAUUCUGCGGCCUUCAAACAGUUUUUUAAAAAUAAGUAGGCAAAUGGUUGUUAACUUUUUAUUUUUGAAUUUGAAAAAGUGAUAUAUAUGUAACUAGAAUUUCUGUAUCAUGCACAUUUCUCUCAUUUGAUUUUGGACUUUAUUAGAUUUUUUUUCCAUGUUCCACAGUCUUUAAUUAAUCAUACAGCUGCCUAUUUAAAUGAUGAAGUAUAGAUUUCAAACAAAAUUUACUCUGCCACUUCUAUAAUGGGUGCUUUAUAUAUACAUAUAUAUAUAUAUAUAUUUUGUCAGAUUAAUAGUUAAUCUAAUUUGAUUGACAAGAAUGUCAAUGUCUUGUUCCUCUUGGUUAACACUGAAAUUGUAUGCGCUUUGCUGCACUUAACAAAAUUUAAGAUUUCUUUAUUAUUGUGCUAUACCAAUGCUGUCAUGUUGUGCCACUUGAGUAGUCGUCUUCAACCACCCUGAGCCAGACUCGGCUCAGCUUUUGUGUGAUGUACGGGGCUCACAGGGCAAACACAAUGUACUGUAGCUUUACUAACCAGAUGCUUAAGGUUCCCUUCUGCUGCUGCAACACAGAGAGCUACCACUAAAAAAAAAACUGCAUCUGUCUGUUCUUCAUAUAAAAACCUGGCUGCUACUUCAACUUCACAGUGCUGGUUGUCUCCAAUACUACUGACCGUGAUCAUAUAACCACUUCAAGCUCACUUCUCACUGACUUGUUCUCUAUUAAAGUCAUAAUGGAAGGCUGAUACCCCCUGUAGUGUGUGAAUUGUAACCUUGGGAACAAAGCGAGCGAUCACCUUCCCGUCUUGGCAUAGCGGACAGCAGACCUCAUGUAUUCUGACCCGGUUGGGUCAAUGUUACGUGUAUGGACCUGGAUAAUGUGAUGAAAACACCAUGACCUUGCUUCAGUAUACAGUGCCUUUCACUCAGGGCAGUUUCUAUCUGCACACAUUCACAGAUCUCUCUCGAGGGGUAAAAUGAUGACAAAUUGAAUUGUGUUUGCAAUAAUCAACUUCCAGCUUUGUUUUUUGUUUUUGUUAAUCCUGCAGAUAUAUGCCUCCUUUCCCAUGAUGUGUUUUGUCUACCUGAAACAUCCCUCACUGCUUCCAGAAGCUGUUUUCCUGUCUUACUUUCACUGAUGACUUAAGCGGAUCUGCAUUUCAUGGUUGCAGCUGUGACUUUGCUUUAUUAUUUUUUUUAAAAACUGGAAUUACAAAUGUAAAGUCAGAGGGAAUCUGCUUAGUAACUGAUACUUCCUGCAAGGCACAGGUGGCAUAAUGAGCACGACUGACACGGGCUGUUUGAAGACAACUGAGUAACACGGUGUGGAUUGAAUGGGGGUGCUGAAUGUAGGACACCCUCCUUGCAUGGACUGGUCAAUUCUAGACACUGUUAUAUUCAGCACGGACAGACAAUUGCACUGCGCAUGGAGGACGUCUUAACAUCGGCAGGUUGCACUCACAAAUGAAGACAUGUUGUGGUGGGAGAAGCUUUGCCUUGUGAACAAGCUCCGCUUUAUUUACACGUCCUGUUUGUAUGUCAUGUUUUUGGCCUCAUUUGCCCUGAUGUGUAAUGCCAAUGCAUCACUUGUCGGGAACUGGCACUCAAAAUGUUACUUAAUAAUCACCCAGAGUAACACAAUCACACAAUGUUAAAAGAAAUGACAAAAAUUUGUUAGGAUUAUGGUUUCCUUUGAGUACUGGAAUAUAAUAAGGAAAUAUAUAAUGAAUGUAUAGUAGACAAGGGAGGGGGGAGGGGGAUAGCAUUUAAACAGCACUUACUGUAUAAGCUUGUCUCAGUUGAGUGUUGUGGUGGUAUAGAGCAGCAGUUCUCAAUGUUGGUCCUCACUCGUAAUCCUUGCCCUCAGCUCCGAGAUGAUUGCUUUUUAAGUCUUUCUUUCUGGCAUCCCCAGGUUUAACCCUGACUUGAUGGCCGGGAUGAAAACCAGCAGGGCUCAGGGGCUGAGGGCCGCUAGUUUUUUAAGAGUGCGAGGACCAACAUUGUCAGGAUCCUAUACCUUUCAAGUUCCAACAUAGUACAAAUAUACACUCAUGUACUCUUACUGUAUGGGUUGACCCUUCCCUUUCUUCCCCCGAGUGGGCCAUUGCAACAUCAACACCUCCCUGAAAGCACAAAGUCCAGUGCACAGCUUCGAGCUUCUCAGCUUUUAUCUGGAUUUGUGUACUUGAUUGAAAGUAGACCAAGGACUUGCUUGGACGAGCACAGAGAAUAUGGUUCUUAAAGUGGGGGAUAAUAAAUGAGACAUGCAUAUGUGA